GGAUGCACAUUUCGCCAGGCAUGCUCUUUUCGGCACAACACUUGGAGCUUCCCUCUCACAAGUCCGCCAAAACAUAGUCUUCACUUUAAAGUUCCGGUUUGUAAACUUUGGGUCAGCGGCUGCUGAUCCAUUUCGGUUCAGAGUUCGGGAUGAUUAAAACCGAGAAGAUUCUGCACCUGAAGAGUUACCGAGGCCGGAGGGUUCGGGUGGUUCGGGAGCACUAUCUGAGGGAGCGGGUUCCCUGCUUCAGCUCUCUGUGUCAGGCGGCCUGUGCUAACGGGUGUACCUUGCCUAAUUGCCCGUUGACUGCUGGAGAUGGGCACCAGCCCCCCCGCGACCCUACAUGGACAAAGCGGGUUCAGAAGAUGGAUGGAUGGAUGGAUUGGAGCUGUUGGUAGACUCACAUUCUUGUCCAACCGAACGUUAGAGGACCGAUAUAAUUUAAUAUUUGUAUUUUCUCUGAUGGAUUUAUUAUCACAGAUGGCAAGGUGUUGCCCGGAGACUUGACCCACUAUGUGGUGCCGGGGGUGGAGGUGGUGGUCAACUUCCUGGAGAUCCUGGAAUUCAGGGAGCUGCAGGGAGUCAUCUUCACCCAGACGGCCUGCCAGGCUCUGCAGAGUAAAGGGCGCAGGUGCUACAGCCGUCUGAGGAACCUGGUGAAAGACCCUCGACACGACUGUGUUCUGUUUGCUAACGAGUUCCAGGAGCACUCGUACCGCCCGAGAGAGAAGGGCGAGAGCCACGAGCAGUGGCAGACCAGGUGUGUGUACGAAGCUGCAGUGUGGUACUACAACCACCUGGCAGGAAUGAUGAGCAUCGUGAUGGUUACAGAGGACGAAGAUGUUGUGAGUCGGUUCAGCAACCUGAACUCUGGAGUUUUUGUCGUCACCUUCAAGGAUUAUCUGCAGAACUUCUGGCCCGAUCUGCAGGCGGCCCACGAGCUCUACGGCUCCAUUUCUCAGGCGCUGCAGGAGAAGGAGAGCGAGGACACUCAGAAGGAGUUUUGUGAACAUCUACCUACUGAAGUUCUGGCGGCUGGCAUCAAAUCUGGGCGUUACAUUCAGGGGAUUCUGAACGUCAGCAAACAUCGAGCUCAGAACGAAGCGUUUGUUGCGAAUGAUGAUAUUUCCAACAAGAACUCAGAUCUGAUUGGGGGGGUUCUGGUGUACGGCGUGAGGAACCGCAACAGAGCCGUGCACGGGGAUUCUGUGGUUCUGGAGCUUCUGCCGAGGAGCGAGUGGAGGGGAAAGGUCACGGCUCUGACGGAGGGACCGGUGGACGAGAGGACAGGAGGGGACAGUGAGAGUAAACCAAUGCCCACAGGUCGGGUUGUGGGGGUCCUGCAGAGGAACUGGAGGGACUACGUGGUGACCUUCCCCCCAAGGGAGGGGACUCAGAGCAGGAACUCCCAGCGCAUCCUGGUGAUUCCUUGGGACCGACGCAUCCCUAAGAUCCGGAUCAGCACCCAGCAGGCCGAUGUUCUGCAGGACCACAGAGUGGUGGUGCGCAUCGAUUCAUGGGAAAGCACCUCCCUCUAUCCCAGCGGUCACAGCGUUCGGGUUCUGGGUCGGGCCGGAGAGCUGGAGACCGAGGUCCAGACCAUCCUGAUAGAGAACUGCAUCCAUGUUCCUCCCUUCUCAGAAGCUCAGCUGAGGGAAAUGCCAUCGACCUCGGCAACAAAGCCAUGGACGGUGGAUCCGGUUCAGGUGUCAAAGAGGCGGGACCUCCGGGAGACUCACCUGGUGUUCAGCAUCGACCCGCGUGGCUGCGAGGACGUGGACGACACUCUGUCGGUGCGCCGUCUCCCUGGCGGGUCGCUGCUGGAGCUGGGGGUCCACAUCGCUGACGUCACUCACUUUGUUUCUGAGGGAUCGCUCACCGACCUGGAGGCUCGCUCCAGGGCCACUACCUACUACCUGGCAGACCGCCGCUACGACAUGCUGCCGGCUGUUCUCAGCGCUGACCUCUGCUCCCUGCUGGGAGGUGUCGACAGGUACGCCAUGAGUGUCCUGUGGGAGCUCGACGUUCAGACGAUGGCCGUCGCCAAGGUGUGGUUCGGUCGCACGCUGAUCCGAUCCUCGUACCAGCUGCACUACGAGCUGGCCCAGGCGCUGCUGAACGGGGAGGAGGCAGAGGUACCGGAACUGGCCCAGCUCGCCUCGGAGGAGCGGGACGGGAAGCUGGCCGAGCUGGUGGAAGCGCUGGAGACACUGACGCAUGUGGCGAGACACCUCCGUGCGCAGAGAGACUGUGGAGGUGCGCUGGAGCUGGAGGGGGUGGAGGUCCGAGCCCAGCUGGAUGAGAAGCGGAACAUCACGGCGCUGGUCCCCCGUCAGCCGCUGGAGGUCCAUGAGACGGUGGCAGAAUGCAUGAUCUACGCCAACCACUGGGUGGCGCGCAAGAUACAGGAAGUGUUUCCGUACCAGGCUCUGCUGCGGCGCCACCCGCCGCCACGCCAGGAGCUGUUUGGUCAGCUGGUGGACACGGCCCAGGCCCGGGGCUUCAGCAUCGACACCAGCACCAACAAGGCUUUAGCUGACUCUCUGAACCGGGCCGUGGACCCCCGGGACCCGCUGGUAAACAGGCUGCUCAGGAUGAUGGCGACCCAGGCGAUGUCCCAGGCCGUGUACUUCUCCACCGGUUCUGAACCCGAGGACCAGUUCUUCCACUACGGUCUGGCUCUGGACCGGUACACCCACUUCACUUCCCCGAUCCGACGGUACGCCGACAUGGUGGUUCACCGCCUGCUGACCGCCGCCCUGGCCACGGAGCAGGGGGCGGAGCCUGUCGAAGCGCCCGCUGGAAAUAAAGAAAUGGAAGAGCUAGCGGAGCACAUCAACAACAAGAACCGGGCGGCCCAGCGGGCCCAGAACCUCUCCAUCGGGCUGUUUCAGUGCCUUUUCUUCAAAGAGCGAGACCCUGAGACGGACCCGCGGUGCGUGGCUGGCGCCGUCAUCUACUCCAUCCGAGACAACGGCGUGCUGGUGUUUGUCCCAGAGUACGGUGUGAAAGGUCCAGUCUACUUGAAGAACAAGGAGGGUCAGGUGGUGUCAGUGGGACCUGACGGAACCUGUGAGUGGCAGAGUGGUUCUGUCCAGCGACACUCGGACCACAUCAGAACCACCUCUGCCUGUGGCAGCGCCACCUUCAGGCUGUUUGACCACAUCACCGUCCGCGUCUCCGUCCUGUCCUCCAGCUGUCACUCGGACACUCUGAACAUGGAGGUCAUCAGCAACAAGCCGCACCGCAGCAGCUCGACGCCGCAGCAGGUCUCCUCACAGGGCCGGAACCAGCUGGUCCAGGAGGUGGUCCGACUUGCUGAGGAGGCACAGAAGGAGACCCGGAAACCCAAACUGUCCCGAGAGGAGAGGGAGUUCCGGCAGAGUAAAACUCCUAAUCUGUACUCCCUUCUGGAGGAGAUCCGAGAACUGUCCCUGUUGGACCCGGAGACGGAGCCACGCCCCCCCGAGGGGACACAGGUGGACACCUGAACGUCCUGCAGAACGUUUGGUUCUGUCAAGUUUUAUUUUUAAAAUCUGAGAACGAGGCUUUAAAAAUAAAAACCGAAGUUUCAGGAAAACUCAAA